UACACCGUGUCGUGAAUUUCUGGUAAAGAAAAGUUGCUGUGAGGUAAGAAUGUCAGAGGAAAUUCUCACUGGUGAAGACAAGGAGAAGCUGAAGAAGCGACUGGAACUGCUGCAGAAGGAGUACGAGAGAACGGCACAGAGACUACAAAGAGCAGAAAGGAGAGAGGCAGUGCGCAAACAUGUGCAGAAAACGAUCUCUGAUCAAAAUCGCCUGUUGCAAAUCAACACCCCGGCCGUUCUGGAGCAAAGCUCUUCCUCUUCCUCGGUAUCAUCGGACCUGCUGUCUAACCAGAAUUUGCCUUCCGAGACCACUAAGGUCCGUUUCGAUCUCCCCGAGGGCUCGGACGCUUCAUCCCUUUCCUCCCUGAAGUGCAGACGGAGCCCGAGCCUUCGCCUGCGAUCCAAACGCAGCCGCCUGCGCCUGCAGAUCAGGGAGAGGGAGUCCGAUACCGACGAAAGCCAGGAAAAGGUGAGAGGGGGGGCGGAGGGGACGGACGAGACGAAGAGAAGAGAGGGAGCGGAUAAAGAAAACCACCAGGACGCGGAAAUUGUUGGAGAUCUGGACAGAGGACACAAAGAAGAAAGGAAACAGGAAGCUGAGACGAAUGAAGAUGAGAAGAAGGAUGAAGAUAAUUGGAACCCUGAUCAUCUGAGUGCAGAACGGUCCUCACCAGAACACUCAGCUGUGGAGAUGCAACCAAGCAGCCAGUUAGAAGCAACUGCUGAUCAGAAUUCCCACUCGGCAGAUAUUCCUAAACAGUCCGAUGAGGUGCAGAUCUCCACCCACUCGGAAAACCAAAACGGUGCAGCUUCGGCAAAUUCGGACGUUUUGAGCUCCUGCACGUUAAUCGAGGGCCUGCCCUUCCCCGUCGAGUACUACGUGCGUACGACCCGGCGCAUGGCCUCGGCUCACUCCUCCGUGGACAUAAACGCCGUCAUCCAGAGCCAGCUCUCCAGAGGGCGGGGCAGGCGAAGGUCCCCUAAAAUACAGACGCCCGGCCCGCGACCGGACGGCGCGCCUCUCGAAAAGCCCGGAUGCAGAAGACGGGGGGCGAGAGGGCGUCGAGGGCGUCGAGGGCGCGGGCGAACCCGAGACUCCGAGUCUGACUCCUCCGCUCACUCCGAGGCAGUCCCGUCAUCGGACCCUGGGCCGGAUUUCAAGCGUCUUUCCGAUUCUCAGCUCUACCUGGACUGUCAGCUCCUGCCUGAUUCCGAGGUGUAUCCCAUUUUUAGGAAGAGGCGCGGCCAGGCGGGUACGUCUCAGUCUGGAGUGCAGGCAAACGAUGUUCCACGUCUUCUGCCUCCGUUGAGUUCCCUGGACCACCGGAACCUCGGCCACGUGCUGACGGUUUUCGACGUGCAAGACUUUCACCUGCCGGACGAUGAGUUCGGCCGCCUGAAGUUAGAGAGGCUGUGCGCGCCCGGUUCGAACCCGGAACCCUUGGUGCACGGCACGGGUAAUAACUUUAGGAGGAACGGGAAUACCGGCGGUCACGAAGCACGGCGGGCGGAAAGCGAACGGUUCGUUCAGGAGCCGCUUCCCUGCAGCGCGACUUUAGAAAACAGCCUUCCUUUAAGUCAGCUGACUUCCACCGUCCAAUCACAGGCUGAGAGCGGACAGGCAGAAAGACGUCCUGCGCACACGGGGGAUGAUGCGCAGACGUUCCUUCAGCCUGAUACGAAAACAUCCCAAAGCUGUUUGAUGCUAAAUCUUAGCAUGUCUUUGACGUCGCACACCCAGCAGGUCGAUCCUGGCGCCUCCUUUAUCUCUUUGGGCGCGAGCCCGGACCGUUUCGUCCCGUCCUCUCCUUCUGACCCGGGAGUUUGUCGCUCCUCGAAGCAAACCCAUGCUGAAAACAGCAGAAUACAUCAAACCGAAGAGCUAGCUAAACCUGGAAAUGACGAGUUUGAGGUCAAACAGGCUGGUGGAAGCAUGGCCGAGACCCACGGUCAUCAUAAUCUCUAUGAUAAAAGAGAGCAUGGCAGCAUGUCCAGGGUCAAAAAUGUUCCUGAAGUGGAAAUCCAGGCUCGUAAUCAACCGAACGAUGUUCACAGACCGAUCGAUAGCUCUCCUGGUUUGGAAGAAGACGCUCAACUCGGGUCUGAAGUGGACAAGGAAGCCACCGAAGAAGAUCCCAGUCUAGCAAAGCAGGGUCACAUGAGCCCAGAUGUGGAAGUACGGGCACUUCCAGACGUUUCUCAGGAGAUGAAUAUUAACAGCGACAUUUUAUUCUUUCCUGAAGAUAAAAAAGCAAACGGCAGCGAGUCUGAACAAGCAAACGGCGUCUCGACGAGCCCUCGAUCUGAGAAUCAAGAUCGUGGCGUCUCUGAACUCGUUGACGUAGAGCAAGACCAUCAGUCAAGUUUUCCUGAAACUAGGGGGAAUGCCAGGCUGCCCGACGAUGUCUUGACUUGCGCAGUAACAGAAACUAGCGAAAUUGGUCAUGAAAUCGACUCUGGAGCCAAUAAGAGACAUAAGCUUGACAUCGGAUCCCAAACCAGGACUGAAGAUCAGGCCGACCUGGACAACACGUGUGGAGAUGAAGAUAUUCACAAGAGCAGCGGUUCAAACAACGAGACCUUGACACUUUUUGAAGACCCGGUCCAACCAAGAGCUGAUGAAGAAGCUGGUUUAACUUUUAGUGCGGACGGAACCAGAACGGACGCCACAGAAUCCCAAAUCCGUCAAUUCCGUUCUCGUAGCGCCCUCCGGAAAACCCAUACGCUUAAAGCUCUGGAUGGAGCUUGUGUGUUGGAUGUGUGCGUGGUGCGAUGGUCAGCUGAGGACUGGUGUGUGUGUGUGGCCGGUGAGUGGAGUGUGUGCGUCUGGGCCCAGAAAGCAGGCGUGCAGCAGUGGGAUCUUCUACACACUUGGACCUUUACGCAGUCGGUCAUCUCUCUUCAGGAGGUGCCGGAUGGUUUCGGGUUGCUCUGCGUGUCUUUGGGAAGGCUGGAGAUCGUGGAGGCAAGGAUUCUCUGCUGCCCCGGAGUGGACGGCCCGUUCUCUCAGGCUGACCUGUGUAAAGAUGCUCUGCAGGCUGUGCUCGCUGUGUCUGGCUGUAGGGUGACGUGCUGCUCUUCUCCCAGACCUCAGCAGAUAGUCCAGGUGUACACACUCGCUCGGGAUGGCAGGGUAUCUUAUACACGUCCCCUGGCCUCCUGUAAUCACAGCGUUCAGACCCUGGCGGUCGUGGAGGGAGAGAAAGACGCUCUGAUCGGCUGGACCGAACGUAAAAACCUCCUCAUUUGGAACAUGAAAUCGGGGCAGCUGCUGCAGACUAUCCGACUCUCGGAGACUGCGCCCACGGCGACGUGCCUGAGAGGAUACUCCUACAGGGGUGUUCUGUGCGUCCUGCUUCAGCGAGCGGGCGCUUGUGCCGAAGACGAGGGUUCCGCUCUGUUCACCCUGAUCGCCACAAAUCCACUUACAGGAAAACAUUCCACCCUGACCUCCAUCACUAACCCGACCACUCACGCUGAGAGGUUGAUGGAUGGCGAUACGUGUGAAUCGGCUCUGGCCGGAGUUUUCCAGUCCGGAUAUCUCGCCGUCUGGGAUCUCCGAGGAGGCGCCUCGUGUGUGUAUGCAGAUAAACUGGCAGAAGUGUGUCGCCUGGCACGGUGGGCGGGGCCAAACGUUCUACUCACUGGAUAUCUAAACGGCGACGUUAGUCUCUACCAGUAUAAACCAGUAUACUGAUGCACUAGUGAAAUUAGUGGAUGCGUUAAGUAUGUGGACACUGAAUGUGAGCUCAUUCCAAAACGCUGAGCAUUUAUUAACUGUGUUCUAAAAAGCCUUUUGUUUUCUGGCAUUGUUUUCCAGAAGAUUUUUGGAGGUAGGGGGCAUGUGUAAAAACAAUGUGCCUGUUCCAGUUUACCCCAAAGGUGUUUACUGGGGUUGAGGUCGGUGCUCUGUGCAGGCCACUGGACUCCAGUUCCUCCACACCACACUCAAACCAAGUCUAUGGAACUCGCUCUGCACACAGAAGCAGGAACAGGAAAGCGAACGUAUACAGCUGUUAAAAAGAGGUGUGGUAGGCGCCCAGGUGGCGCGGUGGCAUAUUCCGCUAGCACACCAGCGCCGAGAUUCUGAACUCCUCGGUGGCUGGGCGCCAUCUAGUGGGCAUAAUUGGCCGUGCCUGCAGCAGACUGCUAGGGUACUGGACUAUGUGGGUGAGGUGGACCAUAAUUAGGAGAUAGAGGCGCCUGUGCAGAGUGCAUGGGUAAAAAAGACGGGGUCCGCUAGGGACUGCACACGGGUCGGAGGAGGCGUGAGCAGGAAAUAUACCUUAUUCAAAUGCAAUCAGGUAUUCACAGCAGCGGAAGACAAAUUGACAACGCUAAAUCGGGAGAAAAAUGGGACAAAAUGCAUAAAUAAAUAGAGAAAAAUAGGUGUGGUUGGGGUGUCCACAUACUUUUGGCUACAUAGUGUGAUACUUAAAAAAAAAAAUCCAACUUGAAUGUACCGUUCUGCUUCGUCUUUGUGUCUGUUCUGUAUCAGUGUAAUAAAAGUUUUAAAUUUGUUAAAUAAACGUCCUUUUAAAA